AUGGAAGACCGCGGCCUCGUUGAGAAGUGGUUCCACGCUUGGCGAGAGUAUAUGCGUUAUGUCAAGCCCGAGAACGUGUGGAACGUCGAUGAGAUUGGCUUCAUGAUUGGAUACCUCCUGAAAGGCACGUUCCUAUGGACUUUCGCAGAGAUUGACCGGCCAAUUCUCACUGAUGCUCAUGAACUCGUCUCUAUGACAGUCAUAGAGGCUAUCUCGGCAACUGGGAAGACGAUUGCACCAUUCCAAAUCAUGCCCGGAGUCCAGCUCCCGAUCAAGUGGUUUGACAACGACCUACAUGACGAUACCGUCAUUGCCACGAGCCCUAAGGGCUAUAUCACUGAUAUGCUCGCCUUAGAAUGGAUUGAACACUUUGAGAAACUGACGAGACCUUCAAAUCCCAACGAAAAACGAGUCAUACUCCUGGAUGGAUGCGAGAGUCACUUCACCAAGGAACUCUAUGAGAUGAGGAAUCGAACCUUUAAGAAGUCGACGAUAGUCUCUGCUUGGAGGAAGUGCGGUAUCUAUCCUUUCGACCCGUCAGUGGUUUUGGAUCAGAUGGUCGAUCCGUUGUCAUCUCUGAGCCAAGAAGUCAACGAGCAAGACCUCCCUGGUUAUAUCACACUUGGAGAGACUUCUGAUAGCGCUUCUGACGGCGGGGACGAGACCGGAAGUCAUACUGAAGCCGGAAAUGACGAUGAGAGUGAGGAGGAACAGCCAGAGACACGCAAAACACCAGAAAUGAUGAACUGGAACACCGUCGACACGCCACCUUUCAACAUACGUGUCAUCCAGCGUUACCAGGAGUAUGUUGCCCUGCGGAUCGAGGCAUCUAUCGUCUCCGGCAUCCGGCUGACUCCCUCGGUUGCCCGUGUUCAUGAGAAGUCGAGGAAAGCAACUGAAGUUCUCAUGAUAAAUGGCGUUACGUCGACUCAGGAGAUGAAACGUUUGAAAGAGAAGAAUUUGCGUCGACGGGCACUACAGGAAGGGACUUCUAUUCGUCGCAAAGGACCUGUCGGAAAGCUCCACAACCUCGUGGUCGACGUCAGAGGGUUUGACCAGCUUACUUAUCUGCUGCGGAGCAUACAACGUUCUGAAUUCGACAUGUCCUCGGAUGCCAGAAUCAGAGCAAGGAAGCCACUCGACUGGAUCAUUGACAACGAUACCCGGUGGCUUUCUCAACUGUAUAUGAUCAGGCGCGCCCUCACUCUUCGGCCAUUCGUCGAGCAGCUCGUCUUGAAGCAUCGUCAGCAAUGGGAGCAGGAUAAUAGGUCGAGGAGGACAGGCAACCUCAGGAAGUCAGCUAAGGAGCCCCGGAUUUGCUUGGAGGAGAACCAGCUUACGGCGAAUGACUGGGACGUGCUCGAACACCUAGCCAAACUUCUGGGGUUCUACGAGGAUGCUGUCAAGACUCUAGAAGGCGACGGUCAGCAGCGCAGGCGGAAACAAGGAAUCAACAUCAAUUUGGGUUGGGAAAAGCUCAAUAAAUCCUACAGCAGCCUGGACGAGACGCUGAUCUAUUACAAGGUUUUAGCGUUGCACCCGGCUUUCCGAUGGGGAUAUUUCGAGAAUGAGUGGAAGGACAACCCGGAAUGGGUCAGGAAGGCGAAGCAGAUGGUUCGAGAAGUAUGGGAAAGGGAAUAUCGUCACCUUCAGAUUGUACGAAAUCCCGUGGCCGACGAACCAGUUGCGAAGCGGCAGCGGAAGACUACAACCCGUUUCAGGCGUAUUGUGAGCGCACUCGGCCGGUCUCCGGGUGCAGCGUGGUGA